AGCAUGCUUAUAUGUUAUGAAUGAAAGAGAUUACGUAGUUUACACGAUAUCUGUAGUAUACAAACAUAUAGGAUGUUUAAAGUUAUGAAUGAUUCAUUCAACUAAAGUCUUCCGUACGACAGGUUCAGCAUGUCCUUUAUUUUAGCUGUCUUUUUGGUAAAUCUGAAAAUUGUCUGGACAAUGAAGACUGACAUAUACUGCGAUUAUAGCAAACAUGAGUUCUAUCUACCACAAGGAGACUUCUGCAAAAGAUGUGACAGAUGUCCUCCAGGGUUUGGUUUAGAGCAACUAAAGGAUAGGAAAGUUGAAUUUGAUCCAGUUCAUGGUGCCUUGGAAUGUAGACGCUGUGUAGCUUGUACCAAUGGGUGCUUUAGUCAUACACGGUCAUUUAAAGAAUGCAAACAUUGUAGAAAUUGUACAAGUGAAGGAAGGUUGGAAUUGCGACAAUGUUCAGAAACAUCAAAUGCAAAAUGUGGAAACAUUCUACCAGACAUUUCACGUCAAAUUAAAGGAAAAGAAUUGCUAAAGUCUGGAGCGUUACAUAUACCAAACACAGAAGAUGGAAAUGAUAUUGUAUAUGUUCUAGCCGCUAUAAUAGCGAUAUUAAUAGUUACCAUUGUGACAACAAUAGGACUUCUUUACAAAAACAGAAAACGAUUAGGAGUAAUACAGAGGAAACUUGUUAUCGACAAGAAUAUCCCUUAUUCCAAGGACCAUAUUAAAAGAGUGAAUACAGAACAGGAUCGAAUGUUGGAUAUUAAAUGCAAUGACAACUCUGUGAUUUGUGAUUUGGAAGACGAUUGCGUGAAAAUAUCCUUCCCUGUUCUUGAAAAUUGGAAGAAGAAAAAUGGUCACAACGAACCUCUUACGGAUGAACAUGUCUUGUUUCUAAGCAAACUUAUCGCCACAGACAAUACAUUUCACAAACUUGGUAUAAAACUCGGCGUUCCUGAAAACGAGAUAGCCAUUAUAAAAAUGGAUAAUCCUGGUGACGUUUCUAAUCAGGCAUAUUAUACUCUUGACAAAUGGCGAAAGCUUACAGGUGAAUCAGCUUUUAUACUGGUCAUGUUAAAUGAGUUGCAUGAAUUGGAAAGGAAUGAUAUCAUUGAAAAGUUCUGUUCCGUGUAUAGGUGACCAACACUUGGUACUACAACUGUGAAAAGAAGUGCAGCUAAUGCUGAAAGUUUGAUUGUCCAGUAAAUAAUGCAUACGCAUUAUCAUGAGUACAGACAUGAUGCCGCUACAAAAGAAUAUCUGGUUUCAGGUCAAUCAAGAACCGAAAAUAGGAAAUGUGUCAGGUGAUCAUUUCUGCAUCAAGGCAAAUUUGAUGAAGAAACGAAAAAUUAAUAAAAAACAUGUCUCCUACAUAGUUCUGAACAUACUGUUUCAAUUGCUACGUGAAAUGUUUGUUGCAACAGUUAACGUAAAAGCAAUUAAAAUAUUUUACUUGUC